UGUGACUCAUUUUGCAACCACAUCUAUCAACUAUUGUUUUGUAACGAGAACUCCUAAUCUGGCUUAGAUCUGAUGCUAUAUUAUUUUCUACAAACCACCCAAAACUCCAACCUUUUAUUUUCUCAUACACACUAAAAUAUUCUAUCAUUAAACUACCAUUAAACUACCAGCCUCUUGCCAAUCUAUUGUUUUUUUAAAAUAGACUCAUAAUUGUUCAACUGUAGGUCAUUUAUACAACAGAAACAUAUAAAAUUAAUGGAGGAGGCCCACAGAGAGUUGAUUUAUGAUUGUCACGGAUCGUUCAGGAGCCUUAUCUUUCUUCUCUCGCACGCUUAAGCAUACCCUCAGUUGGAGGCAAUAACAUGCUUGUAUCAUAAGGCACCGACUGCAUAUAUAAAUAUAUUUGGUGUACCUGUUUGUGUGUGUAUAUUCAUUUGUUAGGAGAAGUCUGGUCCAUGAAAAGCCAUGCUUGUCUGCAACAGUCAUGAUAUAGUUUUUCUUUAGAUCUGUAAGAGGCCUCACACUUGAUCCUUUCCCAAUCAAUCAUUCCAAUUCAGAAUGCGCGUGCAAUGGCCUCACCACCCAAUUAUCGCUUAGUCUCUGUGAAAAAAUAAAUGCUGCAGAUCAGCCCAAGUUCCAAUCUUGUCAACUCCCACUGUAUUAAUACCCUCGUGAAUUGCAGCAGUACACAGAAAAAACAUCCCCUGGGCAUCUGAUUGAUAAGGGCACGGUUUAAACAAGAUAAUCCUGAGAUGUCUGCGGAUCGAAUCUCUGCAGCAGCAGUAGAGAAUUCUGAGACGUCCAUGGAUCGAAUCUCGGCAACAGCUAGAGAGACCAAGAAGAGGAAGGCUGAUGGGGAGAAUGUGGGCAUGAAUUUUACUCCUGGAUUGAAACCCAUUAUUACUGUUGCUUCUCCUUCCAAACCCAUAUUAUUGUUAUGUACAGAGAAUUCUAAUUUUGAGUUCCUGGAUAGUAAUUAUAAUGUGGAAGGAAAUGAAGAAUGUCAUACGCCCAAGGGUGAGGAAUAUCAAUUGCCCAAAAUUUUAUCUUGUCCUCCUGCUCCAAGGAAGCCCAGACCCACAUCAAAGAAAAGCAAAUCUCAGGAUUAUUUCAUUGUUAGUCGGCGUGAAUUGAGCUCUCUCUUCAAUCUCUCGAACCCUAAAAAAGUUUCAGGUGAAAGCCUUGACAGAAUUCUUGAUAUAUUGGAAAAGAUAUAAAAAUUGUGGUUUUUUUUGUUCUUCUUUCAUUAAUUUAUCUGUUUACAGCUCAAAGAGAAAAUUGUAUAUAUGUAAUUUGGAGUCCAUUGGCUUACAGUGGGCUUAGCCAUUUCUAUGUAAUUGGUUAUAAGAAUGUAUUAAGUUGUUACCAAUUUAUUAUCAUAUUGGUAAAUAUGCAAGUUUUGCCAAGGUCA